CAAUUCUUUCUUCAUUCAGAAUGACUUUUUGAAGUAUGAGGGGGGUGUGGUGGUGGGAGGGGUGGGAUGUGUUGUGACUUAAGUGGAUUUAGAAGAGAUGUCCGAUCCAAGUGGAUCCAGAGGUGAUUCUGGAAGGAAUGAAUGAAGCGGACUAAUAGACAUGCUGGGCGUCAAAGAACGUCACGGCGGAUCAAGAUGACAGGCAUCAGCCUGCCGCCGUAGAAGCUCCCCGCGUCCGCCCCGCAUGCGCUCCGGCGGAGUCUCCGUCCUCCCGAUGGGCUGCGCACCCAGCAUCCACGUCUCCCAGAGCGGCGUCAUCUACUGCCGCGACUCGGACGAGUCCAACUCGCCGCACCAGACCACCGCCGCCGUCUCGCAGGGCACCGGCGGCGGAGGCGCGCCGCACGGCCUCUUCGUCAAGACCGACGCCGCCGACGCCAUCCCGUCCGUCGUCGCCUACCAGAGCCGCCACUCGAGCUUCAACUCCCGCGGCGGCGGCGCGCACGUCCUCAUCGAGGCCGAGACGCAGACCAGCAACAGCGGCGUCAAGGUUUCCUCUGCAGAAGAAAGUGUGGGGCCCAUGAAAGUGAACCGGGAGCCCGUACAGGUCCUGCUGGUGUUCGCCAAGGAGGACGGCCAAAGCGAUGCCUUGUGGUGGGCCUGCGACCGCGCCGGCUUCAGGUGCAACAUCGCCAGGACGCCGGAGUCUGCGGUGGAGUGUUUCCUGGACAAGCACCACGAGAUCGUCGUCAUCGAUGGGCGCCACUCGCGCUACUUUGAGCCGCAAGCCGUGUGCCGGAUGAUCCGUGCCACCAAGCCCUCGGAGAACACUGUCAUCCUCGCCAUCGUGCCGCCCACGCCGCCCGACCAGGACGAGCCUUCGGUUCUCCCGCUGCUCUGUGCCGGAUUCAGCCGAAGGUUCGUGGAGAGCGCCAGCGUGUCGGCCUGCUACAACCAGCUGCUGCAGCUGGAGCACGGGGAAGUGCGCUGCCGGUUCAAACUCAGGGCCUGCAACGCGGCGUUUGCGGCGCUGGAGAAGUGCCAGGAGGCUGUGGAGAUCACCAGUGAAGACCACGUGGUGCAGUACAUCAACCCCGCCUAUGAGCGGAUGAUGGGCUACCACAAGGGGGAGCUGCUGGGGAAGGAGCUGCCCAAGAGCGACAAGAACCGAGCAGAAGACACGGUCAACACCUGCGUUCAACAAGGAAAGGAGUGGCAGGGGGUUUAUUACGGCAGGAAGAAGUCGGGCGACAGCAUCCAGCAGCACGUCAACAUCACGCCCGUCGUGGGCCAAGGAGGGAAGGUCCGACACUUGGUGGCCAUCAGGAGAGCUCACGUGGACAACAACCAUCAAGUGCACAAACUCCUCAAGGAAGACAGAAGUUGUUUGGACUCUUCUCACUCAGACGGCCAUUCUCUGCGCCACCGCGACAGGAGGAAAGACUCCAUGGACGCCAGAUCCCUCAGCUCCCGGAGUAGUGACGCUUCCAGUUUACAGAACCGAAGACAUUCGUCCGUCGCCAGGAUCCACUCCAUGACCAUCGAGGCCCCCAUCACCAAAGUGAUAAAUAUCAUCAACGCGGCCCAAGAGAGCAGCCCUCUGACCGUAGCCGAGGCUCUGGACCGCGUGCUGGAGAUCCUGAGGACCACGGAGCUGUACUCGCCUCAGCUGGCCUCCACAGAGGACGACCCCCACACCACCGACCUGGUCGGGGGGCUGAUGAAUGACGGACUGCGGCGCCUCUCUGGUACCGUCUUUAAAAACCAUAGUCAGAGUCAGAUAGCCAUCCCUGUGAGUCUGAGUGACGUCCCUCAGUCCGUGGCCGAUGAGGAGCGCUGGGAGUUCAACAUCCUGGACUUGGAGGCGGCAACGCACAAGAAGCCGCUGACCUACCUGGGCCUAAAGAUCUUCAGCAGCUUUGGCGUGUGUGACUUCCUGAGCUGCUCCGAGGCCUCGCUGCGGUGCUGGCUGCAGCUCAUAGAGGCCAGCUACCACUCCUCCAACUCCUACCACAACUCCACGCACGCCGCCGACGUCUUGCACGCCACCGCCUACUUCCUGCGCAAGGAGCGAGUCAAGAGCAGCCUAGACCAGCUGGACCAGGUGGCGGCGCUGAUUGCCGCCACAGUGCACGACGUGGACCACCCGGGUCGCACCAACUCCUUCCUGUGCAACGCCGGCAGCGAGUUGGCCAUCUUGUACAACGACACGGCCGUGCUGGAGAGUCACCACGCCGCCCUCGCCUUCCAGAUGACCGUGCGGGACGGCAGGAGCAACAUCUUCAAGAACAUGGAACGGAACCAGUUCCGGACGCUGCGGCAGGCCAUCAUCGACAUGGUUCUGGCCACGGAGAUGACGCGGCAUUUUGAGCACGUCAACAAGUUUGUCAACAGCGUCAACGAACCCAUGGCGGCCAUCGAGGAGACCAACACCUGUAGCACGAGCAGCGAGUGUGAGGGCCAAGCCAACAUGAAGAACUCCCCAGAGAGUCGCCUGCUGAUCAAGCGCAUGUUGAUCAAGUGUGCAGACGUGGCCAAUCCCUGCAGGCCGCUGGAGCUCUGCAUCGAGUGGGCGGGGCGCAUCUCCGAGGAGUACUUCGCUCAGACGGACGAGGAGAAGAGGCAGGGGUUGCCCGUGGUGAUGCCCGUGUUCGACCGCAACACCUGCAGCAUUCCCAAGUCUCAGCUGUCCUUCAUCGACUACUUCAUCACAGACAUGUUCGACGCCUGGGACGCCUUCGCCGGCCUGCCGGGCCUCAUGGAGAACCUGUCCGAGAACUACAAGUACUGGAAGACCUUGGACGACAUGAAGUGCAAGAGCCUUCGUCCGCCGCCGCAAUCUUGACACUUCCUGUCAGAGGGCGGGCGGAAGUGGGCGGAGCCA